CCGCGCCCAGGUCCCGCCCACCGAGCGGAUCAAGUUUGAAUGAACAACAGCAGCCUGGCUCCGGAGGAAGCUAGUUUUUUAUAAUUUGCGGGUAAUUGUUUAAAAAAAAUAAGUGUGAGUAUCGCAUCGCGGGGCGCGCGCGGACCGAGGAUGGACAUGAAGAAGAGGAUUCACCUGGAGCUGCGGAACCGCACUCCGUCAGAUGUCAAAGAACUUGUGCUAGACAACUGUCGCUCGAACGAAGGCAAGAUCGAGGGUCUAACAGACGAGUUUGAGGAGCUGGAGUUUCUAAGCACAAUCAAUGUCGGACUGACGACAGUCGCCCACUUGCCAAAGCUAAAGAAACUCAAAAAGCUGGAACUCAGUGACAACAGGAUCUCAGGAGGGUUGGAAGUUCUGGCAGACAAGUGCCCCAACCUCACACAUCUCAACCUCAGUGGCAACAAGAUUAAAGACCUCAGCACGAUAGAACCAUUGAAAGAACUGGGGACCCUGAAGAGCCUUGAUUUGUUUAACUGUGAAGUGACAAACUUGAACGAAUACAGAGACAACGUGUUCAAGCUACUACCACAGCUCACGUACCUGGACGGGUACGACAAAGACGACAAAGAGGCACCGGAUUCUGACGCCGAGGUUUACGCAGAGUGCUUGGACGAUGACGAUGAUGAUGAAGAUGAUGUAGAUGAGGAGGAUUACGAUGAAGAUGCAGCGCCAGGAGAGGAGGAGGAGGAAGAGGGAGAGGAAGAUGAAGAGGAGAACGAAGAAGAGGACGACGAUGACCUCAGCGGAGAGGAGGAAGAGGAAGAAGAUGUGAACGACAAAGAGGUUGACGAUGAGGAUGAGGAGGAAGAAGAGCGAGGUCAGAAGAGGAAACGGGAACUGGAUGAAGAAGGGGAGGAGGACGAAGACGAUUGAGAGUCCUUAUGAAGCUAAGUUGUGAAUUGUUUUAAACUUGUAUCUCCCAGUCACUUCCCAACAACCCCAUGUAUUUUAUCCCUCCCCCAGUUUCAUAUUGCAGUAGGAGUGGUUUCUUGUUAUUGGCCAGUCAGGUAGACGGGGGUUGUCUGGAGAAAUAAGUCAAAAACUUCUGUACCUUCGAUGCUCCCGUGUUCCAGUCUUUACUGUCCACUUUUGACUGCUUUGUGGACGCCCAAUUUUGUAAUAUCAAAAUCAAUAGCGAAGAUAAACUUUUUAAAGAAUUGUUUUUUGUUUUCUCACUGUGUGUAAGGCAAGUUUUCUGAUGACUUGUGUAUUUUAAACUCCCCGUUCAAAAGUAAAAACCCCCAAAAUGAAA